AUGGACAGAAGAUCCCUUAGACUUCUCCAUGCAUUUGCAUUUUUAAUGCUUUUACUGCACUUGAAUCCAGCCCUUGGAUUUAUUUCAGGGGUUGGAGAUGCUAAUGUCAGGUGCAUAGAGAGGGAGAGACAAGCCCUCCUUGAGUUCAAAAAAGGCCUUGUUGAUGGCUAUGAUAUACUCUCUUCAUGGGGGAGCCAAGAUCAAAAGAAGAAUUGUUGCAAGUGGAAAGGAGUUCAUUGCAGCAAGCACACAGGUCACGUACUGGAGCUUGAUCUUCGGGGUGAUUCAGAAAAAACACAACCUUUGAGAGGUAAGCUUAGUUCUUCACUGCUUGAAUUGCAUCAUUUGAGCUCUUUGGACCUCAGUUACAAUGAUUUCAAUAUGAGCAAAAUCCCAGAGUUUCUUGGUUCUUUCAAUAACCUAAAGCACCUCUAUCUCUUAGAGGCUGAGUUUGGUGGGACUAUUCCGUAUGAACUUGGAAACCUUUCGCACUUGGAAUCUAUUGAUCUCAGUGCAAAUAACUUCAAUAAUGUUGCAAACCUUCAAUGGCUCUCUCAUUUGUCUUCUUUGAAAGAGCUUGUACUAAAUUCAAUAAAUCUCAGUGAAGCCUAUGAUUGGGCAGACGUUGUUAAUCGUCUUCCUUAUUUAACAUCUUUGAGCUUGAGUUCAUGUGAUCUUCCUCCAAUCGUUCCCUCAACUCAUACCCAUUUCAACUAUUCGAAAUCUCUUACUGCUGUUGAUCUCUCUGAUAAUCAUCAAAACUCCUCAAUAUUCGGAUGGUUGCUCAACUUUAAUACCAGCCUUGUUGAAAUUAACCUCUCCUCCAAUCAGUUAAAAGGUUCAAUUCCAGAUGCCCUUGGCAAAAUGAAUUCUCUUGAUAGUCUCAAUUUCGACAAAAACCAACUUGAAGGUAGCAUACCAAAAUCUUUCGGAAACAUAUGCACUCUAAGUUCAUUGUCCCUAUCAAACAAUAGGCUCAGUGGACAACUCGUUGAGUUUAUCAAUAUCUUGUCUGGGUGUGCAAAAAACUCACUGGAAAUGUUGGAUUUAUCAUUGAAUCAAAUUACGGGAUCGUUGCCUGAUUUUUCAACAUUUUCUUCAUUAAAAGAAAUAUAUGUUGGGACCAACAAUAUAACUGGCACCGUACCCAAAGAUAUCGGAAACCUUCAUCAGCUGGAGGUCUUUGAUGUUUCUAACAAUUCUAUGCAUGGUGUGGUCACUGAAGUCCAUCUGUCAAACCUGUCCAACUUGUGGUCUUUAGACUUGUCACUUAAUUCCUUGGCUUUACAAUUGAACAAGGAAUGGGUUCCACCUUUUCAAUUGCGAGUCAUGUACUUGUCAUCCUGCAAGCUGGGACCUAGAUUUCCAAGCUGGCUCCAAACUCAGUGGAACAUUUCUAUCCUAGAUAUCUCCAAUACUGGAAUUUCGGAUAAGAUUCCUAAGUGGUUUGUGGAGCUGCCUCCAACUUUACAGUAUUUAGAUGUGAGUUUUAACCAACUGGAGGGGCAAUUGUCACCUUUUGUUUUCCCACCAAAAAUGACACUAUUGAGCAUAGCCGAAAAUCUUUUCUCGGGGACCAUUUCUUCUGUUUGUAAAAUCACGGGUGGAGUUUUGAAUUUCCUAGACCUCUCUGGCAACCUUUUGUCAGGAGAAAUUCCUGAUUGUUUUAUGCAUUGGCGUAAGCUAGUCAUUCUGGAUUUGUCUGGCAACAAUUUGUCUGGGAAAAUUCCAACUUCUUUGGGUUCAUUGUCUCAACUCCGAACGCUGAGUCUGCGCAAUAAUAGCUUCUCUGGAGAUUUACAUUUGUCUAUGAAAAAUUGUAGUUUGUUGAAAUUUGUAGACUUGGGAAACAAUGGAUUCUCUGGACAAGUACCAGCUUGGAUUGGGGAGGGUCUGCCAGUGUUAAAUAUUCUUAUAUUAAGUUCCAAUAAGCUCAGUGGAAGCAUACCAUUCGAGCUAUGUUGGUUGAAAUAUUUACGAAUAUUGGACCUCUCUUUAAAUGAUAUAUCUGGGAAUAUACCACAAUGCUUCAACAAUUUCACUGCCAUGGCUCAAAAGGGAGAUUUCUUUACUGGCAUAAUUGGUAGUAAUUAUACUGAUUCAUAUGCUUAUGAUAUUGAAGAUGUAGAAGAAUAUGUUGAUGAUGCAACAGUUGUAAUGAAAGGAAGGGAGUUGGAGUAUGGAAAAUAUCUUGGACUCUUAAAGCUCAUUAACCUUGCACACAACAAUUUGACAGGGAAACUUCCAAGUGAAAUCUUGAGUCUUUUGGAACUGGUUGUAUUGAACAUAUCAAAAAACAACUUAAUUGGUGAAAUCCCGCAAAUGAUUGGUCAAUUGACGCAGUUGGAAUCACUUGAUAUGUCAAGAAAUCGGUUUUCAGGUGAAAUCCCAUCUAGCAUGUCAGAGUUACACUUUUUGAGCUACCUUGAUUUGUCUUUCAACAAUUUGUCUGGGAGAAUUCCUUUGGGCACUCAACUACAAAGCUUUGAUGCAAAUGAUUUUAUUGGAAACUGGGCACUUUGUGGGCUUCCACUUCCACAAAAGUGCUUAGGUGAAGAAACGCCAAACCAAAGUGAUCAACCAAUUGAUCGUGAUGGCAAUGAGGAUAAUGAAGCUGAUGGAGAUAAAUUUGAGAAAUGGUUUUAUUUCGGAGCAGGAGUUGGAUUUGUUGCAAGCUUUGGGGGAAUUUGCGUACCUUUGUUAAAAAGUUCUUGGAGAGAUGACUAUUUCUUGUUAUUGGACAACAUGAAGGACUGGCUCUAUUCAACAAAAUUGGUGAUGUGCAUGGCAAGAUUGUGGAGGAAGUUUCCAAGCCAUGGGUGA